AUGAGUACAUCCCCACCAGGGGACACCGAAUCGAGCUACCGUUCGGAAGCUCCCCCGGAGUAUUCGAAGGCGAGAUCACCAAGUCCAAGGAAAGCUUCCGAGGACUUUGGUUCCGAGGACGUCCCCAGCCGAGACCCCACCAUCCGAUUACUUUUCCAAAGAAUCCAGAAGAUGGAGGAAGACCGAACCCGAUCCCAGGUCCCUGACUGGGGAAAACUUCGACCGGGCCCUUUACCGAGCGCAUCAAGAGGUCCAGACCGGACAGGGAGGUGCAGCCGCUGCGCAUACCCUUCUAUACCGGUGUGGAGGACCCUCUGA